UCCAUCAUCUCUCUGUGUGUCUCUCUCUAGCACAAACGGAAGAUGUUGGCACCAGCCUCUACUUUGUGAACGACUCCAUCCAGCAGGUGACCUUCUCCAGCACUGUGGGGGUGGUGAUCCCCUGUCCUGCCGCCGGGUCCCCUAGCGCCACACUUCGCUGGUACCUCGCCACUGGGGAUGACAUCUAUGAUGUCCCGCAUAUUCGCCACGUCCACGCCAAUGGGACACUGCAGCUCUACCCCUUCUCGCCAUCUGCCUUCAAUAGCUUUAUCCACGACAACGACUAUUUCUGUACUGCAGAGAAUUCUGCAGGCAAAAUCAGGAGCCCAAAUAUCCGGGUCAAAGCAGUUUUCAGGGAACCUUACACCGUCCGGGUGGAGGAUCAAAGGUCGAUGCGUGGAAAUGUGGCUGUCUUCAAGUGCCUCAUCCCUUCUUCAGUGCAAGAAUAUGUCAGCGUUGUGUCCUGGGAGAAAGACACAGUUUCUAUUAUUUCUGAAAAUAGGUUUUUCAUUACUUUCUAUGGUGGGUUGUACAUAUCGGACGUCCAGAAGGAAGAUGCCUUGUCCACCUACAGGUGUAUCACUAAACACAAGUACAGCGGCGAGACCCGGCAAAGCAAUGGCGCCCGGCUGUCUGUCUCAGACUCUGCAGAAUCCAUCCCGGCCAUCCUAGAUGGCUUCCAGUCCCGGGAGGCCAAGGCCGGUCAACUGGUGGAGCUGCCCUGCAUCGCCUCCGGCUACCCCAACCCAGCCAUCCGAUGGAUCAAGGACGGCCGGCCACUGCCUGCUGACAGCAGGUGGACCAAACGCCUGACCGGGCUGACAAUCGGCGACCUGCGAGUGGAGGACAGCGGGCUGUACAUCUGUGAAGUCACAAACACCUUUGGCUCAGCUGAGGUCACCGGGACCCUCACGGUGAUAGAUCCACUGCACGUCACUCUCACGCCAAAGAAGCUGAAGACGGGCAUCGGGAGCACAGUCAUCCUCUCCUGUGCCCUGUCGGGCUCCCCAGAGUACGCCGUCCGCUGGUACCGCAACACGGAGUUGGUUGUGCCGGACGACUUCAUCUCCCUCCGGGGCAUCAACAAUGAGACACUGCUCAUCACUGCCGCCCAGAAGAGCCAUUCGGGUGCCUACCAGUGCUUUGCCACCCGGAAGGCCCAGACGGCCCAGGACUUUGCCACCAUUGUGCUGGAGGACGGGACCCCCAGGAUUGUCUCGUCCUUCAGUGAGAAGGUAGUGAACCCGGGGGAGCAGUUCUCCCUGAUGUGUGCAGCCAAGGGGGCCCCCCCUCCCACCAUCACCUGGGCCCUGGAUGAUGAACCCAUCCAGCGCGACGGCAGCCACCGCACCAACCAGUACACUAUGUCCGACGGCACCACGGUCAGCCACAUGAACGUCACCAGCCCCCAGAUCAAGGAUGGAGGUGUCUACAGGUGCGCUGCACGGAACUCAGUGGGCAGCGCCGAAUACCAAGCGCGAAUAAACGUAAGAGGCCCCCCUAGCAUCCGUGGGAUGAAGAACAUCACAGCCGUGGCCGGAAGGGACUCCUUCAUCAACUGCCGGGUGAUCGGCUACCCCUAUUACUCUAUCAAAUGGUACAAGGACUCCCUCCUGCUGCCGGACAACCACCGCCAGGUGGUCUUUGAAAAUGGGACACUCAAGCUAAUGGAUGUUCAGAAGGGGAUGGACGAAGGGGAGUACCUGUGCAGUGUCCUCAUCCAGCCGCAGCUGUCCAUCAGCCAGAGCGUCCAUGUCACUGUGAAAGUGCCUCCGCUCAUCCAGCCCUUUGAGUUUCCACCGGCCUCCAUUGGGCAGCUCCUCUACAUCCCAUGUGUGGUCUCCUCCGGUGACAUGCCAAUCCGCAUCACCUGGAGGAAGGACGGGCAGGUGAUUAUCUCUGGCUCGGGUGUCACCAUCGAGAGCAAGGAGUUCAUGAGUUCCCUGCAGAUCUCCAGUGUCUCCCUCAAGCACAAUGGCAACUACACCUGCAUCGCCACCAAUGAUGCCGCCACUGUCAGCCGCGAGCGGCAGCUCAUCGUGCGAGUCCCUCCUCGCUUCGUUGUCCAGCCCAACAACCAGGAUGGGAUCUAUGGGAAGGCAGGGGUCCUGAACUGCUCAGUGGAUGGCUACCCCCCACCCAAGGUCAUGUGGAAGCAUGCUAAAGGAAGUGGGAACCCCCAGCAGUACCACCCUGUCCCCCUCACUGGCCGCAUCCAGAUCCUGCCCAACAGCUCCCUUCUCAUCCGGCACGUCUUGGAGGAGGACAUCGGCUAUUACCUCUGCCAGGCCAGCAACGGGGUCGGGACGGACAUCAGCAAGUCCAUGUUCCUCACCGUGAAGAUCCCGGCCAUGAUCACCUCCCACCCCAACACCACCAUCGCCAUCAAGGGCCAGGCCAAGGAGCUGAACUGCACGGCCCGCGGGGAGCGUCCCAUCAUCAUCCGCUGGGAGAAGGGGGACACCGUCAUUGACCCCGACCGCAACAUCCGCUACGCCAUCGCCACCAAGGACAAUGGCGAUGAGGUCAUCUCCACCCUUAAACUCAAGCCAGCUGACCGCGGGGACUCUGUUUUCUUCUCCUGUCAUGCGAUCAACUCUUACGGGGAGGACAGAGGACUCAUUCAGCUCACUGUCCAAGAGCCGCCGGACCCUCCGGAGCUGGAAAUCCGAGAAGUGAAAGCUCGCAGCAUGAAUCUACGCUGGACUCAGAGGUUCGAUGGCAAUAGCAUCAUCACUGGCUUUGACAUCGAGUACAAAAACAAGUCUGAUUCCUGGGAUUUUAAGCAGUCGACCCGCAACAUCUCCCCGACCAUCAACCAAGCCAACAUCGUGGACCUCCACCCGGCCUCCGUGUACAGCAUCCGCAUGUACUCCUUCAACAAGAUUGGCCGCAGCGAGCCCAGCAAGGAGCUGACCAUCAGCACGGAGGAAGCAGCUCCUGACGGAGCGCCCAUGGAGGUCACCUUGCUGCCAAUGACAUCCCAGAGCAUCCAGGUCACCUGGAAGGCACCAAAGAAGGAGCUCCAGAACGGGGUCAUCCGGGGCUACCAAAUUGGCUACCGGGAGAACAGCCCUGGGAGCAACGGGCAAUACAGCAUCGUGGAGAUGAAGGCCACAGGUGACAGCGAGGUCUACACUCUUGACAACCUGAAGAAGUUUGCCCAGUACGGCGUGGUGGUGCAGGCUUUCAACCGGGCCGGCACUGGGCCCUCCUCCAGCGAGAUCAACGCCACCACCUUGGAAGAUGUGCCCAGCCAGCCUCCUGAGAAUGUGCGGGCCUUGUCCAUCACUUCCGACGUGUCCGUGAUCUCCUGGUCGGAGCCCCCCCGCAGCACCCUGAACGGCGUCCUCAAGGGUUACCGGGUCAUCUUCUGGUCUCUCUACAUGGAUGGGGAGUGGGGGGAGAUGCAGAACAUCACCACCACCCGCGAGCGGGCGGAGCUGCGUGGCCUGGAGAAGUUCACCAACUACAGCGUGCAGGUCCUGGCCUACACCCAGGCGGGCGACGGGGUGCGCAGCAACGUGCUCCACAUCCAGACCAAGGAGGACAUUCCAGGUCCUCCGGCUGGAAUAAAAGCGGUCCCAUCCUCGGCCAGCAGCGUGGUGGUCUCCUGGCUUCCCCCCACUAAGCCCAAUGGGAUCAUCCGGAAGUACACCAUCUUCUGCUCCAGCCCUGGCUCUGGGCAGCCGGCCCCCAGCGAGUAUGAAACAAGCCCCGAACAACUCUUCUACCGCAUUGCCCACCUUAACCGGGGGCAGCAGUACCUGCUGUGGGUGGCAGCAGUCACUUCUGCAGGACGAGGCAACCUCAGUGAAAAGGUCACCAUUGAGCCAGCUGGCAAAGCCCCAGCCAAGAUAAUUUCAUUUGGGGGCACAGUCACCACCCCAUGGAUGAAGGAUGUGCGCUUGCCCUGCAAUUCAGUUGGGGAGCCCACCCCAGCUGUGCGGUGGACCAAGGACAGUGACGACUCGGCCAUCCCUGUGGCCAUGGACGGACACCGCCAGAUCCAGGGCAAUGGCACCAUGACCCUGCGCUCUGUGAAGGCGGAGGACUCCGGCUACUACACCUGCACGGCCACCAAUACAUGGGGGUUUGACACCAUCAUUGUCAACCUGCUGGUGCAAGUGCCUCCAGACCAGCCACGGCUGACCGUGUCCAAGACCUCUGCGUCCUCUAUCACCUUGGCCUGGAUCCCUGGAGACAACGGUGGCAGCUCCAUCCGAGGCUUUGUGCUCCAGUACUCGGUGGACAACAGCGAGGAGUGGAAGGAUGUCUUCAUCACUUCCUCUGAGCGCUCCUUCAAGCUGGAGAGCCUGAAGUGCGGGACGUGGUACAAGGUAAAGCUGGCCGCCAAGAACAGCGUUGGGGCUGGGCGCAUCAGCGAGAUCAUCGAGGCCAAGACCCACGGCAGAGAGCCUUCCUUCAACAAGGACCAGCACCUGUUCACCCACAUUAACGCCACGCACGCCAGGCUGAACCUGCAAGGCUGGAACAGCGGGGGCUGCCCCAUUCUGGCCAUCAUCCUGGAGUACCGGCCAAAGGGCACCUGGGCAUGGCAAGGCUUGCGGGCCAACUACUCCAACGAAGUCUUCCUGACAGAGCUGAGGGAAGCCACAUGGUACGAGCUGCGCAUGAAGGCGUGCAACAGUGCCGGCUGCGGCAACGAGAGUGUGCAGUUUGCCACACUGGACUACGAUGGCAGCACCAUACCCCCCAUCAAGUCUGCCCAGGGGGAGGGGGAUGACGUCAAGAAGCUCUUCACCAUCGCCUGCCCGGUCAUCCUGGCCACACUGGGCGUUGCUCUGCUCUUUGUCAUCCGCAAGAAGCGGAAGGAGAAACGCCUGAAACGCCUGCGGGAUGCCAAGAGUUUGGCUGAAAUGCUCAUCAGUAAGAAUAACCGGAGUUUUGAUACGCCGGUGAAAGGGCCCCCGCAGGGCCCCCGGCUGCACAUCGAUAUCCCCCGUGUCCAGCUCCUGAUUGAGGACAAAGAAGGCAUCAAGCAGAUUGGAGACGACAAGGCCACCAUUCCCGUAACCGACACAGAAUUCAACCAGGCGGUCAACCCACAGAGCUUCUGCACAGGCGUUUCCCUGCACCACCCAGCCCUCAUCCAGAACACAGGCCCCCUUAUUGACAUGUCUGAUAUUCGUCCUGGGACCAAUCCUGUUUCCCGGAAAAGUGUGAAGUCUGCACACAGCACCAGGAACAGAUACUCCAGCCAGUGGACGCUCACCAAGUGCCAGGCCUCCACUCCUGCGCGCACCCUCACCUCCGACUGGAGGACCGUUGGGUCCCAGCAUGGCAUCACUGUGACGGAGAGCGACAGCUACAGUGCCAGCUUGUCCCAGGAUACAGACAAAGGACGAAACAGCAUGGUCUCCACCGAGAGCGCCUCCUCUACCUAUGAGGAGCUGGCACGCGCCUACGAACAUGCCAAACUUGAGGAACAGCUACAGCACGCCAAGUUUGAGAUCACUGAGUGCUUCAUCUCCGACAGCUCCUCUGACCAGAUGACCACAGGCACUAAUGAGAAUGCGGACAGCAUGACCUCCAUGAGCACCCCUUCUGAGCCCGGCAUCUGCCGCUUCACCGCUUCACCCCCCAAGCCGCAGGACAGUGACCGGGGCAAAGGGGUGGCAGUGCCCAUCCCUCACCGCGCAAACAAGAGCGAGUACUGCAACCUGCCCCUGUACAUGAAAUCUGAGACCUUCUUCCACAAGCCAGACCUCCAUGAGCCUUGCCCGGUGGUGCCGCCCCGCGAGGCCUCCAUCCGCAACCUGGCUCGCGCCUACCACACGCAGGCCGCUAGGCACCUGACGCUGGACUCCGGUGGUGCUGCUGGUGGUGGCAGCAAAGUCUUGGCAGUGCCCCACAUGAGUGCAGCCACAACCACCUUACCUCAGAGAACGCUCGCCAUGCCAGGCCCAGUGGGCACUGCUGCUCCCUCUGCCCCCACCGCCCCCACGGCCACCGCUGCUCCUGUGGCCACCGCCCCCAUUGCCACCUCUACUGCCCCCGUCUCUGCCCCCGUGGCGGCCACUGCACCCACUCCUGCACCCGUGACCGAGUCCUCACGCUUGCCCCCCCAAACCAAGAUGGGGGGCUCCAGAGACUCACUACUAGAGAUGAGCACGUCUGGCCUCGGCCGGUCUCAGAAGCCGGGAGCCGGCGCCUACUCGAAGUCCUACACGCUGGUGUAGCGGUGCACACAAGACAAGCAGACUGGCUCUUCUCCAUUAUUUAUAUUGAAAUAAAAGACACACUUGUAUAGAACGGACAUUUUUGUAUAAAUGAAACUAUUUUCUUCUCCUCCCAACAUGGAGGGGGAUGGAUCCUCCAGGAGAGCAAAGGCCCUGGGAACCUCUCUCCGCAGGGGCUUCUUCGCACUCUCUCUGGUCCCCAGCGUCUCGGCAGAGGACCCCGAGUUGAGGGCUCCUUCCUCCCCUUCCCUGACCAAGCGACCCUUUUGAAGAGACUUCUUGGAGUCACUGCAUGUUGUUUUACUGUUUGGAAAACCAUGGGACUCGGUUCAAUUUGCAUCUGCCUCUGUGUUAAUAUCUUUUUCUAUAAAAACAAAAAGCCAGCGCAGCGUGCAAUAAAAGUUAUGUUUCUAUAAUA